AUGGCUAAUGCUCCUGAUGUAUUUGCGCAAGAGCUCGACCACUAUUGCCUUGGGCGCGCUUUGUGGUCACCUGAACCUCUUCAUGGCGACAUCUACAUUGGUGAUGUAGGGUAUAUAGACGAGGAUGGCGCCUUCCACAGGCUUUUCAAUGUCACCGUAGAUCAAGAUCACCCAGUCAAUGGUGGCGGCGUCCCGUCCAACUUCGAGCCAUUAUUGCUCAAUCAGCGGCUGCUAACGGUCAGGCCCAACUAUUUCCCAGCCCAGUCAUUUGUAAGCAGGAGCGUGAAGAGUCAUAGUGUCGGAGGAUCUGCGAAUGUACAGAGCGGAACUGGCGCAGGUGCGGGGCUCGGAUACAAGUUCGAAUGCUCAAGCUCUCAAGGCGGUAUGCUGAUCAUACAUGAUCAAGCCACGAAGACCAUAGUACAGCGAUCAGCCAAGAUCACGCACUAUAUCGCGCGAAAUCAUGGCAGCUGGUGCGACUUCGCAACUGAUCCGGAUAAGUACGGCGUUCAAUGUCAACCGGAAGAUAUCAUCAUGGUUCGCGGAACACUCAAGACGUCUGCGUGGACGGUCGCCGCAUACCGGGGAAAUAUGAAACAGACACACAGCUUUUCGUUUAACUGUCAACUUGGAUCCGUCGUCGAGGCAACCGUCGAGGCCACGUCUUCGGAGGAAAGGCACAUGCCAAAUGUGCAGUAUCGCACGGGACCUCGCCGCCAGCCUUCAUCUGUAAGCUCAUCUUCCGAGGCUUCGGCAGUAUCAUCUCGUAAAGCCUACAAGUACGAGCUGCCGGAGUUGAAGACAGUGUCGACCACGUACUGGGAAAGGAGACCUGAAGAGGCGAACGACCAGUCGGUCUUCCUAAGCUAUUACAAGAUUAAGCGACGCCCUAUACUCCCUAAGAGAAUCAUCGCGAACGCCGGGCCGAGCCAGCUUCCACCUCAUGACGACCCAGCGCCCUCUAAAGUCGCGGGUAGUACAGGGCGAUCGGACGAAUCAUCUGCAGAGCUACGCUUGGCCGUCGAUCUUCUCCUUGACUACAUUCUCGAGCACUCAGACGCGGAAUUUGCCAUCGCCAGCGAUGGCGAUAUCUCCGAUCUCUUCGAGGGUCGGACCAUACCAGAGGAUCUCUAUGGGUGGCUAACCGAGAUUAGGCCUCGGAUCGACGUGGAUGCUGAGAACAUUGGGACACUUUCCGACCCAACAAUACAUACCAGCACAUACAACCGCUUCCAACAGUCCAGUACAACUCAUGGAUCGAUAAGCGAACAGUCUUCUCAUGAGAUUUACGAACACGACAAUGCACUCCAAGUAGCUGCAUUUUUCAAGUCCCAAUUUCACGCACUCUGGCAACAGGCGAACAGCCACAUUGGAAGUCGAUAUGCGCAAGGCAAGCACGAUCUGACCUACCGUUACUGCAUUGCACUGGCCGAAUACCGAGAUGGCACCCCGAACGUUUCCCCGGAGAGGGUUAACUUUCACGUUCAACUAGGACCGCCUGAUCUCGAGAUCUGUUGCCAGCACGAAGUAACACUCCAUCUAAAUAUAGUUAAGGGCAUGUUCUCUCCGGACCAUUACAACGCUCCCAGCUCCUCGCAUUCUCGCAGCAUGUCAGCUAUAGAAGAAAUAUCCGAUACGCGAGUGACGUUCAGCGUACCAUUCUACAUGACCUCUGCGGCCCCUGUCGUGGUCGGAUCUGUUCAAGACUUUGGAGAUGAACAUCUUAUUAUACAGCUCCAUCUUGACCUCGAAAAUGCUAAGUUGAUUGGAGUUUCUCCCCGUGUCGAAAGGAGAAGAGAGGCCUUAGAGGUCUACUUACAAGACUACCUCCACUUCCUGGGGCGCGCGGGGCACGAUACGCUUUUUUACCCCCCUUUAUCGCCAGACGAAAGCCUGCCGGCGCCCAUUGACUUCUCGCGAUCUUCGCUUGGAUUGCCGGGCGUUACACACGUACAGAACGUACCAGUAGAGGAGAUCAACCGCUUCCUCUCAAUCGCCUGGCUCAUAGCUUCCACAACGUCGAGUACGGCAGAUGGUGCCGUUCUUCCUCUUGCGGAGUGCCGAGGGUCGUGGUCGUCCGGCAAUGAAGAGGUGCACUUCCGCUUGGUGUUUGGCCCUCCGCAAAUCGCAGCGCUAUGCGACAGGGAGGUCGUUAUAUGCUUCGACCUGAAGGAGGCACUUCUCUACAAGACUGAAGAUCUCGAGAGCUCUCCGUUCAGAGUCUUCUCCGACUGGAGAAUUGCGAUACUGAUGAAUGUGGAGCGUAGUGAAGAGGAUAGCUUUGUGGUGGAAUACCAUCUGGACCGUCUAAGCAGCUAUUUCAUGCCUCAAUUCUCGCAGUUAGGGAAUUUCUCGAAGCUGAACGAAGACGCUGUUGGCUAUGGGGAUCGGGUCAUCGACUUCAUUUCAGGAGAGUAUCUGUACAUCCUGGAGAGUACAAGCGGGCUCGUGGUGUACCAUCGCGAUUCCCGCUCGCCCGGCGCGUCGCUUCAAACGCCUGAUUUCGACACCAGCCAUGUUCGCCUUCGACAAACCGCCAUUGCAGGGCAAGGUUCCUCCUCCGCUGACGCUGUUACCUGGACAGAAUUGUCUCAGAACGUCGACAUGCACGGUUUUGACAUGGUCAUUGCGUUGCCACAGACAGCUAUUAACGACCAUUUCCGCUCGCAGUGGCAGCAAGCGCAAGCGCGCGCCGCCGGCGACCGGCUGCUUGCAGAGUGGCGGUAUCAAGAUCUCUUCAGCUCAGCGUUCGGGCCACUGACGAUACGACUACUUGACGGCGGGAAGGCUCUUCUACUUGUAAACAUCAUUGAAGGUGGUUUGAAGACCGUCCGAAGCGGGGCUCGGCCUGCUGGUGAUCUUGACUCUUUCAAAUUUGCGGAUUGGAUGAUUGCAUUCGAUCUCAAUCUGGAGCUAUGCGACCACACUGCCAUACUCGGCGUUAGCCCCGGAUGGCGCGAAAGUUUCAUCAGGUCCCGUUUCUCCAGCUACGCAAGUGGGGAUCUGAUGCAUCUCUACCUGGAUCUGCAGCAUGUCGACUUCAACCUCAUGCAUUCUCGCUUCAAGGGUCUGAACGACCCGCGCUUAAUCGACAAGGCUCAAGCCACCGUUGUUUGCCUCCGCGACUACCUCAAGCAACUCGCUUCCCGGGGUCGUCAUGUACUCAAAACUAUCCCCGUCUGUAGACCUUCCUCUGAUACGCACUCGUCCAACGUCACUAGCGUAACGUUCCGCGUCAGCUCAGAGCAGCGUCCGAGCGUCGAGCAGUCCCCCGCAUUCGAACCAGCCGUUCUCAUCCUCUGCAUGAACGGCAAUCGGCCCUUGCCCAGCCCCCUACCACAGCAUUGGGGCAGAUGGAUCACGAAUGAGUUCUCACCAUCUCGUGGUACACUUGCUCUCUCGGCUGACAGCUUCCUGCGCGGGAGACUUCUGCCCCUCCUGUCGGAAGUGAAUGCGAUAACACGAAUCGAGCCUAUCUUCUCCGAGUUCCACAAGACGACGUGGAAGCUGCACCUCACCACUUGGGCGAAGAACCCCGAGCACGAACUGGGUGAUUGUUCAUUUGUCCCUUGUCCACAUGCCGAGGCCGAUGGGGUGCUGCGGUACCGUUGGAAGUUUGGUCGAAAGUUCAGCACCGACUGCGACGAUGCACAUACUCUCUGCUGUCUCACUGAGAAUUAUCUCGAAUUCUUUACGGCUUCCGGCGGCAGCUUGGACAUGGUCUUACGUGGGUCAAUAUUCCUCGAACUCGCUACGAACAACUGGAGCUCAAAGGCACAUGCUCGUUGGAAGACCACGCUAAGGAUCUCCUUUGAGGGCGGCGGCCUGCGUUUCAUGAUGGCUGCGUCUCCCAUAACAUUCACGCACGCUGAAUCCGCCGGACGUCCUUACUCGUCGACCCCAUUGAAUCCGCAGACACUGCUUCGCAAUGUGUUGCCGGGGUCCGUGGAGCUCCAGAAUGCGGCAGAGUGCAUCGGGGAGCUGGAGGCGGCAUCCGUCGCGAGUAGUUUGGACCAAGAUGCUUGCGUUCUCGGCAACCCGACUUUCAAUGCCAAAGGCGAUCUCCUUUUCCAGAUUCACACACAACUUCAUGUUCCGCCAUCAGCUAUCCGUGUACAAGCUCCUUCCCUAGCCUCUACCAUUCAUGGAAGUCACGUUGACGCACCACCAAAGCGUGCCGUUGGUGAAGAGCACCGAACGCCCGUACAUCAAACCGAGCCACGACAACAGCGCAUGAAAAGGGGCGAUAUCUCCCAAAGGUAUCACGGGGAUGAAGAUGAUGCCUCGGAGAAGUCCCCCUUUUCGGCUCUCUUGAGCCCUACUCCAGUUAGCGGCAUGGUAUUCGACAGCUUGCAUACCCCCGCGACGUCACUGGCAUCCUCGAACCCUAAGUCUGCAGGGCCAACGAUGCCAUUUUCGAACCUUCUCGCGCCGUCUAUUAUUACCAGCAGCUCCAGGUCCGUCGCACCGAAGGCAACGAACGAUGUACUGUCUCCGGCUAGGCCAGCGUACGAGAGUCUUUCAAACAAGAGUGAGUGA